AUGGCCACCUGGGUUUACAACUUCGGUGAUGGCCAGGCCGACGGCCGAGCCGAGAUGAAGAACUUGCUAGGCGGCAAGGGUGCCAACCUUGCCGAAAUGGCUUCCAUCGGGCUGCCUGUGCCUCCCGGGUUCACACUCACGACGGAGAUCUGUACACACUUCUAUCAGAACGAUUGCAACUAUCCCAAGGAGCUCAACAAGCAGGUCGAGGAGGCACUGGCUUUGGUCCAGAAGCGCACCGGCCGUGUCUUUGGCGACUCCACCAACCCACUUCUGGUCUCUGUCCGCUCUGGGGCGCGCGCGUCCAUGCCAGGAAUGAUGGAUACCGUGCUCAAUUUGGGCUUGAACGAUCAGACCGUGGAAGCUCUGGCGAAGAAAUCUGGUGACCGGCGCUUCGCCUUCGACAGCUACAGGCGCUUCGUGCAGAUGUACUCGGAUGUGGUCUUGGGCAUCGAGAUCAGCCACUUUGAGAAGCACUUGGAGCGUGCCAAGGAGAAGCGCGGUGUGAAACAGGACUGCGAGCUGCUCGCUGAAGACUUGGAGAAGUUGGUCAAAUCGUACAAAGCUGUGGUGCAGUUGGAGCUGGGCGAGGACUUCCCCGAAGAUCCGAAAGCCCAGCUGUGGGGUGCAAUUGGUGCUGUCUUCAACUCCUGGAUGAACCAGCGAGCCAAGACGUACAGGCACCUCAUUGAAACACGGCACGGGGUCUUAGUAUACGGUGAGGGUGCUGGCUGCUCGCUCCGGCCUGUCGGUCGAAAGUUGAGACGCGUGGCCUUCACUCGCGACCCCUCCACGGGAACCAACGAGUUCUACGGUGAGUUCAAUGCCCAGGGCGAAGAUGUGGUUGCUGGAAUCCGCACACCGCAAGAGCUGACUAUCAAAGCCCGCAAGUCCCAUGGUUCCGAUUUGCCCUCCUUGGAAGAAGUGAUGCCGCAGAUUUUCACGGAGUUGCUGUCGGUGCGGAGUCAGCUGGAGACCCACUACAAGGACAUGCAGGACAUCGAGUUCACGAUUCAACAAGGUAAACUCUACAUGCUGCAGACGCGCAACGGAAAGCGCACGGCUCCAGCUGCGCUGAAGAUUGCGGUUGACAUGGCCCAGGAGGGCUUGAUCUCCAAAUCACAAGCUAUCUUGAGCUUGAAGCCUGACUUGGUGGAUCAGCUGCUUCACCCCACGCUGGACCCGAAGGCCAAGAAGGAUGUGGUCGCCAAGGGCCUUCCUGCCUCUCCCGGUGCUGCUGGCGGCAAGGUUGCUUUGCUUGAGUAUGCUCACAUUUUGACUUCCGCCAGCACGAGCAUCAAUGUCACGAAUCAUCAUUCAAACUUUGGCGAUGCAGUGAGUUCCGAUGUCCAUGACCUGUCUGUUCAGGUGGUCUUCUCUGCUGACGAAGCGGUGCGACGGUGCAAGGAUGGCGAGAAGGUCAUCCUGGUUCGCAUCGAGACCAGUCCGGACGACAUCCACGGCUUGCACGCAGCGGAGGGAGUCCUGACCACCCGAGGCGGUGGUAUGACAAGCCAUGCUGCGGUCGUCGCCCGCGGGAUGGGCCGGCCUUGCGUGGCGGGUGCGGGCGCCAUCACCGUGGACUACGCUGCAGCGAAGCUCACCGUGGGUGCGGUGACGGUUGCAGAGGGCCAGAUCCUCACCAUCGAUGGAAGCACCGGAGAGGUCAUUGUUGGCGAAGUUCCCACGGUGCCUCCACAGCUGUCCGGAUCCUUCGGGACGAUCAUGGAGUGGGCGGAUGAGUUCCGGGUCCGCGCCAACGCAGAGACUCCAGCCGAUGCUCGACAGGCCAAGGAGUUCGGCGCAGAGGGCAUCGGUCUCGUGAGGACCGAGCACAUGUUCUUCGAAGGUCAGCGCAUCGUGGCCAUGAGGCAGAUGAUCUUGGCCACGGAUGAGAGCGAUCGGCGACAGGCGUUGGAGAAGCUCUUGGUCAUGCAGCGUGAUGACAUCACCGAAUUGUUCAAGAUUAUGGACGGAAUGCCCGUGACGGUGCGCUUGCUGGAUCCUCCACUGCACGAGUUCAUCCCGCACACGGAAGCCGAGAUGGCACUGGUGGCGAAAGCUGCAGGCGUUCCCCUGGAGCGGGUGCGCAGGCGUGCUGCAGAGCUGCAGGAGGCCAAUCCCAUGCUGGGCCAUCGUGGCUGCCGACUGGCCAUCACCUAUCCGGAGAUCUGCGAGAUGCAGGCGCGAGCCAUCUUCGAAGCUGCAGCCGAGGUCGGCCGAAGCUCCAAGAAGCUGCCAGUGGCAGAGGUCAUGGUGCCACUUGUGGCAACCACCGAAGAGCUGAAGCUGCUGAAGGGAGUCAUUGAGAAGACUGCAGAUGCAGUGAAGAAAGAGCAGGGAAUCACCUUCAGCUACAAGGUGGGCACCAUGAUUGAGCUUCCUCGCGCAGCUUUGCAAGCUGGAAAGUUGGCAGAAAUGGCGGAGUUCUUCAGCUUUGGCACCAACGACCUCACGCAGACCACCUACGGCUUGAGCCGUGAUGAUGCUGGAUCCUUCCUGCCUGAGUACAAGGCCAAAGGAAUCGUGGAGACGGAUCCCUUCGUGUCCCUUGAUCCCGACGGCGUCGGCGAGCUGAUCACCAUGGCAGUGGAGCGCGGUCGCAGCACCCGGCCCCACAUGAAGAUGGGCAUUUGCGGUGAGCACGGCAGCGACCCUGCCUCCAUCGAGGUCUGCGAGCGCAUCGGCCUGGAUUACGUGAGCUGCUCACCUUUUCGCGUGCCAGUUGCCCGACUGGCUGCCGCUCAGUCUGCCCUGAAGACCAAGGGUCAGCAGGCCAAGCAGAGCUCCACGAAGGCCACCAAGCCCCGGGUACAAAACUUCGGGCCGUGGUGA